AUGAGAAAUGUCAUAGUUCAGUUUUUGCUCUGUGGGUCCCUGACAUUUGGGAUAUGGACACUGCUGCUCUGUGUGUAUUUCUACCACGACCACGUGGGCGGCGGGCAGGCGGAAAGCCAGGAGCUGGCAUCGAUUUGGUCCCUUGAGAAAAAAUUGCAGCCACCAAUUACCCACGGCCCAGGACACCCCGUGCAAGCGGAAAGACCUAAUGAGGAUGAAACUAAAGAACGGAGGCCCUUUUUAAACUCAAGUAAGGAUGUUCAGUUUAUGGACCCAGAACUUCUUCAAGGCUUUACAAAGUAUGGAUUUAAUACCAUAAUCAGUGAAAGCUUGGGCAGAGUGAGACCUCUGCCAGAUACCAGGAAUGAAAUGUGCCAUCAAAAACAUUACCCAGCCCAGCUACCCACCGCCAGCGUCGUCAUUUGCUUCCACAAUGAAGAAUUUAAUGCCUUGUUUCGGACAGUCACCAGCGUCGUGCAUUUCACCCCGCACCAGCUCCUUGAAGAGAUUAUUCUGGUGGAUGACAUGAGCAAAUUCGACGAUUUGAAAGAAAAGCUGGACUACCACCUGGAGAAGUUUCGGGGGAAGGUCAAACUCGUGAGAACCGAGAGGCGAGAGGGGCUGAUCCGCGCAAGGAUGGCGGGAGCGGCCCGGGCCUCAGGAGACGUGCUGGUGUUCCUGGACAGCCACUGCGAGGUGAACAGGAUGUGGCUGCAGCCCCUGCUGGCCGCCGUGGCCCAGCACCGCAGGACGGUGGUGUGUCCUGUCAUAGACGUCAUCGACCCCAUGACCUUGGAAUACCAGCCCUCCCCCGUCGUGAGAGGAGCUUUCGACUGGCACCUGCGGUUUAAAUGGGAUAACGUUCUCUCUUAUGAGACGGAGGGACCCGAGGGGCCCAUCAGACCCGUCCGGUCCCCUGCAAUGGCUGGAGGGAUUUUCGCUAUAAAUCGGCACUAUUUUAACGAGAUUGGACAGUACGACAAGGACAUGGACCUCUGGGGCGGAGAAAAUUUGGAACUUUCACUAAGGAUCUGGAUGUGCGGGGGCCAGCUCUUCGUGCUGCCCUGCUCACGAGUGGGCCACAUCGUCAAGCACAAUACCGAGAACCUCACCGAGGUUUCCCGAGCCCUGACGCGGAACAACCUCAGGCUGGUGCACGUCUGGCUGGACGAGUACAAGGAGCAGUAUCUUUUAAAAAGGCCUGGUCUGAAAUCCGUUCCCUAUGGAAACAUCAGCGAGCGUGUGGCAUUAAGGAAACGAUUGGGUUGCAAGUCAUUUCAGUGGUAUUUGGACACCGUCUUCCCAGAGCUGGAGGCAUCUAAGGGCAACCGAUGA